CCACACCAGGUUCCACUGAGGUGUCAUCCUUUUGUUACAACAAUGGCCUAUAGGGGAACUGUGAAACCCAAUUACAAUUCUGAUCCCCAAAAAGAUGCUGAGAUCCUGUACAAGGCAAUGAAAGGCUUCGGGACUGAUGAAAAAGCCAUCCUUGAGCUCCUAACAACACGCUCCAAUGCUCAGCGCCAGCAGAUUAAAGCAGCUUACAAGAACCUGCAUGGGAAGGACCUGGCUGAUGCAUUAAAGUCUGAACUUGAUGGAAAGUUUGAAAAACUUAUUGUUGGCCUGCUAGCUCCUCCCAUUUCUUAUGAUGUAACUGAACUGAGGAAUGCAAUCAAGGGCCAGGGGACAGAUGAAAAAGUGCUGAUUGAGAUUUUGGCCUCCAGGACACCUACCCAGGUCAAAGAGAUCAUCAGUGCCUACAAGCAGGAUUACGACAAAAGCCUGGAAGGGGACAUCACUGGCGACUGCUCGGGAAGCUUCCAGAACAUGCUGGUGGUUCUUCUGCAGGCCAGCAGGCAGCAAGGGGUUAAUGAUGGCACCAUUAAAAGUGAUGCUGAGGCCCUGUUUGCUGCUGGAGAGAAGAAGUUUGGCACGGACGAGGACCAGUUCAUCACGAUCCUCGGAAACCGAAGUGCCGAUCACCUGAGGAGAGUUUUUGAAGAGUACAAGAAGUUGUCAGGUCAUGAAAUUGAGGAGAGCAUCCAGAGGGAGACCUCGGGCAGCCUGCGGGAGGUGCUCCUGGCUGUGGUGAAGUGUGCCAGAAGUGUCCCGGGCUACUUUGCUGAAAGCCUGAAUAAUGCAAUGUCUGGUGUCGGUACAGAUGAUCACACCCUCACGCGCAUCAUGGUGAGCCGCAGCGAGGUGGACUUGUUGGACAUCAGGGCUGAGUUCAAGAAGAAGUACUCAGUCUCUCUGUACUCUAGGAUUAAGAGUGAAACUUCUGGUGACUACAGCAAGACCCUCCUGCUGCUCUGUGGAGGGGACGAUGCAUAAGAACCUCUUUACCGCAGUUUACACUGAAUUAGCUGCUUGCAAAUUAAGAACUAAGACAAGAUUUGGUUAGUUAAAUUUGCGAUGCGCUGCCUAACAUGUCCGUUUCGUCUUGCAAUUUGUUAAGGCUUUGUUAGAUAUUCUUGCCGAAGCAGCAGUUAACGUCUGUGUUUUCGCAUCGAUUGAUGUUCAAGUCGUUAAAUAAAGGAG